CAGUGUUUAGUAGACACUAAAUGUCCCGACAAUUGUGUUUGCGAUGGAACUGUUGUCGACUGUUCUAAAAGAGCUCUCAAAGAUAUUCCCAAUGAUAUCCCAACUUUCGCCACAGAAUUGCGAUUAAAUGAUAACAAUAUCUAUAAGAUUCGCAAUACGGGACUAUUCAAGAAGUUGGGUCAUCUCAUCAAAUUAGAUUUGCGGAAUAACGAGAUCGCGGAUAUAGAGGACGGCUCUUUUGUGGGCGCAAACGUGUUGAAUGACUUACUCAUCACUCAGAAUAAGUUGCGACAAAUUAGACCCAAAAUGUUUGCAGGACUUAAAAAUAUGACCAAUUUGUGA